GACUCUCAGUUGUGUCUCACUUGACACUUGUGGGUUUUUAACCAGUAAUGUUUGUGAAUCGACACUUUGUUUUUACACUUUAUAUUUUUUGUGGCUCUGUGGGCCAGUUCGAGGCGUCGAGCAGCAGGUAGUGGAGCAGGCUAACAGGUUAUGCAAGAGGUGAGCGAGUUAACGCCGCCCACCAGGUGUGUAUGCACGGUGACUCACUUUCGUACCACCGAGGAGCAGAUUGUUUAAUUCGGCGACAUUUGCGUUCAAUAAAAGUGCAUGAAAGGACUUUUUUCCAGAGGAUUAAACCCGCCGUGUCAGUGAUUAUAAAUGUUUAAUCCCAUGUAUCGGAUAUGGCUUCUGCUUCUCCUGGGAGGAUUCGUUUUGCCAGGGCUGCGACUCGUCAGUGGAAUAGAAAUUUGGACUCAGAAAGAGGUGGAAGCCGUCAACGGGACGGACGUGAAACUGAAGUGCACCUUCACCUCCACCCACCCGGUGUCCACUCAGUCCGUCACAGUGUCCUGGAACUUCAAACCCCUAAAUUCAGGAAAGGAGGAGUCGGUGUUUUACUACCAGGAGGUGCCGUACCCUCCCAUGCACGGGCGUUUCAAAGGCCACGCUGUGUGGUCGGGAGAUAUCAUGAGAGGAGACGUUUCCAUCACUCUGCACGAGGUGCCUCCCACCUUUAACGGGACCUUCAUCUGUCAGGUCCGCAACCGCCCAGAUGUGCACGGCAGCAACGGAGAGAUCGUCCUCAGUGUUGUCAACAAAGUUGCCCUCUCUGAGAUCAGCAUCCUGGCUAUGGCGGUGGGAGGAGCCUGCGCUGUGAUCCUGGUCCUCCUCGCCAUCUUCAUGGUGGUGAGGUACCGCAGGAGAAAGAGCAUGGAGGCCGACACGGAGCUGCAGCCACGGGAACGCGAGUGGAAGGACCCGACUGUGUGUUCACCUGCAGAGGCUGUUCACCUGACAGUUCUGACCAAGGAGAAAGAAGCUGAUAGUUCAGACGAUGAAGAGUCUGAAGCCAGCAGUGGAGACGAUGAGGAAGAGGAGGGCCUGGAAGAAGACGACGACGACGAUGAUGAUGAUGAAGAAGACGAUGAUGACGAUGAUGAUGAUGGCGGCGGCGAUGAGGGUGGUGGUGGUUUGAUGGAUUAGAAUUCGAUUCGAUUGAUUAGAAUCAUCUUUCUCCUGAUAACGUCAGACCCUUUUUGCGAUUCGUUACAACACAAAAAUACACCGUUUAUCCUAGAAAGAAACGGUAAAAACAGCCAUUAGCAUCGGAAUCUGAACUUUCCAACAGUCCUUGAACACAUCAUUGGUUACAAAAGUUUCUGCGAGAGAAAGUAACUUAAAUUGUGAUAAUUCUGUCGGAGUCACUUUAUUCUACUUCUCAUUUAAAACGUCACAAAAAGUAAACCGUUUGUAAUAACUAGAUCCUGUUAAAAACAUUAAAUUCUGCUCCUCAGAGACACUGUGAAGCCAUGAUUGAUUCUGCUGAGACGAACAGUCACGUGACAAAUAUUCACAGACAUUUUUAAAAUUAAACCCUCUGAACCCUAACCAUUGAAACAUAUGUUUUCUUUAACAGAUCACCAAAAUACACUGAUUAUCAUAGAAAGAAACUGAAAUAUCAGGAAAUAUUGUGGAAUUUUGAACUUUACGACAGUUCUUGAACACAUCAUAGGUAAAGGACUUUCUUUUAGUAACCUAAAAUAAACUUAAAA